AUGAACCAGGUGAAAGACCUAUACUCUAGUGAGGAAGAAGACGACGAACAGCUGGACGAAGGACUAAGCGCGGGCCUGCCCUCUGAAAUUUUGGAUAAAUACUGUAUCUCACCCAACGUUGGGAAAUACGAAUACGCACGAGAAAGCGACAUGCGAGGCGUGAACUUUGCGGUAGGCAGGUGGUCAAGCUUUGUUUUCAUCGAGACACGCCCUUCGCGGCGGCAGCAGGCCCUGUUGGAUGCAGUAUUGCAAGGAGCGAACAAAAGACUAGGUCACGUGAGCAGCAUGCUCGCACCCUCGUUCAACCCACUGCAUGUCAGCGAGCUGGGAUCGCCGCUGCCUCUGCAUGUGUCUCUGACAGCAAACUUCGAUUUUGGAAGUGUUCGUGAGCUUGAUAACUUUGCCAAAAUGCUUCAGGUGGAGAUGCUUCAGAACUUUCCCGCAGGGCCACUGGAAGUCACCUUUUCGCCGCGACUGCGGGUGUAUGACAACAUUGAGCACAGCUCGCUGUUUCUGGCCCUGGAUGUAGCGGCUGAAGUCAAGUCCCGCUCCAUCUCCCGACUCUGCACCCUCAUAUCGGAGUCUUUAGACUUCUGCCGAAGCCACGAGCCCACGGAACGCGACGCCGAGCGCUCCAGCGCAUGGAGUUUCGAAAACGCACAUUUGUCUAUAGCCCGCUGCGAUAACAGCAUCAUCACCAGAAAAUAUGCACAUCAGUGCCAUCUGUCACCCACAGCCGCAACUGCGGCCCUCCGAAGCUACAGACAAGAACUUGCCAAUCUCAACCGGCUUUUAGAAUCUAUGCCACUGGAAUCCGAGGUUUUAGAUGAGCUGAAAUUUCAGUGCAGCGGGAUUAAGCUCACUAAAGAGCGAGCCAACAUCUGGGUACCUUUCGCUUCCCUCGGCUAG